AUGAAUGUAGCAGAGGAAAAAAAGAGAAGGAAAACUUCGGAAAAAAUGGCGGAAGGUGCAACGUCUCUGAAAGGGUUGCGAGUACAAAUGGCUGCAGCUGCGCAGGCACAGGCUGAAGAGCGACGGAGCCUGGCAGGGAGCAGCCCAGCGCCGAUUACAGCCAGUUCUGCCAAGAGCCAUGCUAAACCAGUGAUUGACGGAGCAGCACUUAGAAUUGAUGACAAACUCCGAGUAGCCAAAGAAAGGCGAGAAGAGCAAGAGAAGCAGCAAGCGGUGCGUGGGUCUCAGAUUCUCGAGCGGGAGCGUAAGGCCAAGCUUGUGGUUGAAAGACAGAUGGAGGAAAGACACAGAAAGCUGGAGGAGCAGCGCAGGAAAGAGGAGCAGAGAAGAGCUGCUGUGGAGGAGAAGAGGAAACAAAAGCAGGAGGAGGAGAAAGAGCACUAUGAGGCAGUGAUGCGGCGCACUUUGGAGCGCAGUCAGAGACUGGAGCAAAGGCAGAAGAGAUGGUCCUGGAGUGGCCUGAGCGACUCAGACAGCAGAAAUGGUGAGAGUGACAGUGGCCCAACAUCCUCCCCAGUCACUAUAGUAGUCUCCCCAGCCUCUCCGGUCUCCAAGCCUGCCAGAAGCCACACACCACAAGACAAGCGUUCAUCCUCUACUACUAACCUCAAACAGCCUGCAGACGCUGCCAUCAGCAAGCGCCUCUCUUCCUCUUCUGCCACACUCCUCAGCUCUCCUGACAAAAGUGCAAAGCGGAGGAGUUCAUCUUUGAACCGGUUGCCUAGCAAUGUCCCUCGGGUUUCUAAGGAAGCGCAUAAGCAGCCUCAGGUGGAAAAGACAGGCCCUGUCCUGAAGAACCGGAGCUCCUCCCUUUCCCGUGUGGGGAAUAGAGCUCCACCCACUGGCAAGCCAGAGAAACCUGCACCGUUUGAAUCAGCCCAUCGCCUGUUGGCCAGUCCCACAGACAGCAGUGUCCUCAGUCGUCUCCUCACCCCCACCCAGGCCUCUCUAGCUAGGAGCAAGAGUGCAGCAGCCCUUUCAGCCCAUGGAGCAGAUGAGACAGAGUCUCACCUCUGUCCUCGAUCAGUGUCGUCCACGCCGCUGCAGCCCUCCACCCGUGGCCCCCUGCGCAGUCGCAGUACCGACCGCCAAAAAAGCACCACCUCUACCUCCGCCUCUUCUGACUCCAUCUCCAACAUUGCUCAGAAAGCUGAAAAGGAGAAGUCUUUCACUUCACCAACAGCAAAACGUCCUCCUUCCCCUUCCACUAUUUCCAGCCGCCAUCGCUCUCCCUCCCCAGGAGUCAGUGGCCCCAGGAGAACACCAUCACCUGGAGCAGCCAAGCAAAGCCCUCGUUAUCGGCAGCCCUCCCCCAGUGGGGUGAAGCAGAGGCCUCCAUCCCCUCAGCCUGCUUCUAAACCUCCACCUAUCCAGAAACCUGCCCUCACCCCAACUGGCCCUCCUGUCCUGAGAAAGAGUCAGUCCAAACCCAAAGACGCAUCUCCAAUGACUGCUCUAACAUCACAACCUCAAGAUACAAGCACUCCCAGCACCAAGCCCAAAGAUGAUCCUAGUCUGAAAACUACAGCUGGCACUAACUCAGCUGCUGAAGCUGCUAAGAUCCUGGCAGAGAACAGACGCCUGGCUCGUGAACAAAAAGAGAGAGAGGAACAGCUCAGACUACAGAGAGAGGAAGAAGAGAGGCUAAGAAAAGAGGAGGAAGAGCGGCUGGCUGAGGAGGAAAGAGCAAGACGUUUAGAGGAGGAGAAGGUUCGAGCAGAGGAGAGAAAGAGAGAAGAGGAGGAGCAGGCUCGUAUGGCAGAAGAGGCGAGAGCAAGACUGGAACUGGAGGAACAACAGAAACGAGCUGAGUUACAGAAAGAGCGAGAGGAGGCAGAAGCAAAGGCUCAGGAGGAGGCAGAGAAGCAGCGACAAGAGAGAGAGCGCAUCAUGCAGCAGAACCAGCAAGAGCGCAUGGAGAGGAAGAAGAGAAUUGAGGAAAUCAUGAAGAGAACCAGAAAAAUGGACCAAAAUGAUUUCAAGGGUAAUGAUGAGGAAGGCAUUCCAGACGAGAAUAGUGACGAGGCUACUGACCAGCUAAACUGUGAAACCAAGGAGGACCAAUCCGAGCAAAGUGCAGAGGUCAUCAACCAAUCGGACAUCCAGAAUCGAGGCAUGUCUUCAGAAGAAGGCCAGCUGGAAUCAGAAGAGCCACUUGACAGAAUGAAUGAACAGACCAAAGUGGAUGACAAAGAAAAUAACAAUGGUCUCGGUGCAGCACAGCCCACAGCCAUCAGUAAUUCUUAUCCAAAGGCACAUCUGGUGGAGGGCUCAGAGUUUGUGAACGAGGACUGUAAGCUGGGGCUGAAUGGGAAAGCAGGGUCCUGGAGCUUUGAAGAGUUCAUUGAUCUGGGAGUUCACACUAAAGGCCGACCGCUCACUGAGCCUGAUGCCUGUAAUCAGGGUCUAAUAGACUGUGGUGUGGGACCUGAAGGGCCCAGAGUGGCCUUUGAUGAUAAGUCGGCUCCUGUGAACUCCCUCCAUCCAGCUCAGCCCAUUGAAGCCCUGUCUGAGAUUUGAUUUGACGUCUUCGCCCAAGGACGGUUGCUAAUUGCACUCCAUGAUGUUUGUCUGGUUGAGUUCCAAAGUUUCUUGUGCUCAUCUGGACAGCUAGAGAAACUCCAAAUCGCAGAGGAAGGCCUCAAUGUCUGCAGCUCCAAAAAUAAAGUUGAAUAUACAUUUUUAAAAAAAAAAAAAGGUUGUAGCUGAAAAUAAGAAAUGCUUCAGGGAAACAUAAUCUUCCAUUAUGCUUAAGUUUCUGUCUCUCUCUCUCUCGUCAUUACUGGCAUCUUGUUAGUUUUUUUCUAUUUUUUUUUCCUCUUGUCAUUAUUAUGUUGAGUCUUUUGUAAUUUAUUCUUCUGACUUGACAUUUUGACUUUUUCCUUUCUGUAUUUUUUUUUUUUUAAUUUGUAUUCCAUUGUAUUUUGUUUAGAUAUUGCUAAUGAUCCCAGAUGGUCAGUGGACCUAAACAGAAGUGAGCAAUUAAUGUGAAGUAAUGCUGUUGAGAUCAGAGGAGUAACACCUCCAGCUGUCUCACACACUGGUUUGUGAUUUGAGUAGUGCUCAACUAUGUGACAAUUAUCCAAGAAAAAAAAGGCUUUUUCUACUCAUGAAUAUAUGGAGUAUAUUGGCAGUAGUUUCUUAAAAUGACACUGACUCAUGUGGCGCCUUGCCUGCAUUGUCCAGCUUCUGUCCAAACUAAUGUGGUGACUCAGGCCAAUAGGCUGCUAAUUGUCCCCUCUCCUGCUGUGAAGCGUUGUAUAAACCCUAGCGAAUCUCGGUCAAGGUAUUUCAUAAAAAGGUGACAAAAUAAGAUCUGGUUAAAGUGCUGAAUUUCAAGCUCGGCCAAAACCUUUUCAAAUUGCUUUAGCCGUUAAAGGAUGAAGGUGCUUGAGGCAAAAAAAAAAAAAAAAACCUUUUGUAACUUGUCAAAGUUUUAACAAUGUAAAUUUCAGGUUAGUGGCUGUUGCCCUAUGUUGACAUUUUCCUCUACGCAAGUAUAAACAUGGUUAGGUAUUCACCGAAAGUCUGAUUGAAGAGUAUCCUAAACCUAAAGUGCAUCUCAGCAUGAGUCUCUUCCUUACUCCAACAUGUAAUCAUAGCACACAUGAAUUACUGUAAGCUCUUAGUAACUGCACAUUUUGAUGAGCUGUUUAGGUGCAUGUUGUUCCCCUUAAGGUGCUUUCCCAGAGGGGAUUCUCGGUUCUGUUUUCAAAGCUUGAAUAAUUGCUAGAGUUCUGUAAAAACCCCACGUUCCCUCAGGGUCAUAGUUCUGUCAGGACCUAAAGGGUUUUGGAGACUGCCAUUUUAUUUCUGUUCCUCUCACUAUAUAUAUAUAUAUUUUUUUUUAAAUCAUCCUUAAUCCAGUGGCUCAGCCAGUUUUGUGUCUUGUAAACUUGAUCUCGUAUUAAGAUAUUUAAAACUAUAUUUCUACUUGUGUAAGUAUUAUGAACAUGAUCAGUAUUCAGCUGUUAUUCUAUGGCUUGGGGAGUAGAGAGUAAGUGAGGGGGACGUGCAUUUUGUCCGGGUUCUCUCUGGUGUAUGUCUAUACUGCUGCUACUCAACAGCCUCUGAUCUAGAACAUUAAAGAGAACGGCUUUGUUUUUUUGUCAGAGGAAUGACUGGAUGAGGAAUAAGAAUGUUGCAGGAGGUUGUGUGCAAGUUUUCUUGGGUAAAGUAUGUUUUCUCGUUGCUGUCAGGGUGGUGAUUUGAACACGAGUGUCUUGGUGGGACUGCAUAAAAAUGAAGCAUUUUGUUUACAGGUUAAAAAGUGGGAGUCCUGGUGGUGGAUCCAAAUGGAUUGUGCUCAGGACUCGUGACUAAAAGAACUAAUACUGUCUGAGUUCCUGACGGUUUUGUAGUGCUGUUGGUAGUUGCAAGGAAAGGCUUGUACCUCAUAUGCUUGAAGGGUCGAGUAGAGACUGUUAUAAGUCCAUAGUCUAUUUUGGGAA